UUCCAAACAGAGUGUAAACCUGUUCGACGGGAAAAUGGAAUUACCUUGGAAAUGAACAUUCCAGCAUUCGCUAGACCUCUUAGAACAAACCUGCUUCCUCACCUCCGUCACGGUCGCCGAACGUUGGCCACCGGAGAGCCAAACCAGCCAGAAGAUCAGCUCCUCCGAGUCUGCACCGUCCUCUACCAGCAGCAAAGCUCGCCCGACCCCAAACUCCACUCCCACCUCCUCAACCGCUGCCGCUUCCACCUCACCCACGACUUCUUCCUCCGAGUCUGCAGCUCAUUCCCCUAUUCAUGGAGACCCGUCUACAGAUUCUUCCUCUUCACCCAAACCCACCACCCGGACUUCACCCACACCUCCCUCACCUACAACAAAAUGCUCGACGUGAUCGGAAAAUCCAGAAACAUCGAUCUUUUCUGGGAUGUUCUUCAGGAUAUGGGUCGUCGGCGGGUCGUGACCCAGAAGACGUUUUCCAUUGGGUUGAAGACCUUGGCGUCGGCCCGGGAACUGAAGAAAUGCGUCGAGUUUUUCCAUGUGAUGAAUGGCUACGGUUGGUGUUAUAGUUUGGAGACUUUGAAUAAGGUGGUGGAGAGUUUGUGCAAGGCCAAGCUUGUUUCCGAGGCUAAUCACGUUGUUACCAAGUUGAGGGAUUGGAUUAAGCCAAAUGGGGUGACUUAUAAGUAUCUGAUUUCUGGUUUAUGUGAUGUGGGUGAUUUGAUUGAGGCUUCUAAGGUCUGGAACUUGAUGGUCGAUGAAGGGUUCCAGCCGGACGUCGAUGCUGUCGAGAAAAUGAUGGAGACCCUUUUCAAGACUAACCGGUUCGACGAAGCGAUGAAGCUCUUCGAGAUGAUUAGAACGAAGAGGGUUGAUGAUCUGGGUGUUUCAACGUACCGGCUCGUGAUUAAUUGGAUGUGUAAAGGAGGCAAGCUUGGGCAUGCUCACCAGGUGUUCGAGGAAAUGCGUGAGAGGAGAAUUCAAGCCGAUAAUUUGACAAUGGGUUCGCUAAUUUAUGGGCUUUUGACGAAAUAUAGAACUAAAGAAGCUUAUAGGAUCAUGGAAGGCAUUGAGAAGCCGGAUAUAAGCGUGUAUCAUGGAAUGAUCAAGGGGCUCUUGAGGCUGAGAAGGGCAAGUGAAGCAACGCAAGUGUUCAGAGAGAUGAUAAGGGUAGGGUGCGAGCCUAUAAUGCAUACAUAUAUCAUGCUAUUGCAAGGGCAUCUGGGGAGGAGAGGGAGGAAGGGAUCGGACCCGCUGGUGAAUUUCGACACCAUUUUUGUGGGCGGUUUGGUGAAGGCCGGGAAAUCCUUGGAGGCAACAAAGUAUGUGGAAAGGGUGAUGAACCGAGGGCUCGAGGUGCCUAGGUUCGAUUACAACAAGUUUUUGCAUUAUUACUCGAACGAGGAAGGUGUGGUUAUGUUUGAGGUGAUGGCAAAGAAAUUGAGAGAGGUUGGGUUGUUCGAUCUGGCUGAUAUAUUUGCAAGAUAUGGGGAGAAAAUGGCGACUCGAGACAGGAGGAGGAAUAGACCAGCGCAAGAGCUUCCAAGUACCUAGUUUGUGAAGAGAGAGAUAUCUACUGUGUUUCAUUUGGAUGUCUAUGCUUGUAGUGGGGCGAAAGGAGACAGCUGUGCACCAACUUGUACAUCCAAUCUGCACUAUGCCUACAAGUUUAUGCUUCAAAACCGCACCUGGUAACAUAAAAGUCUAGAUUCAAGUGUGGAAAGGCUUUUGGUAUAGACUUUAUUUCUGAUAUUUGCAGGUGGAAUGAUGUUUUGAUAUUUUUACCUUCCGUCAUGUAUAUGUGAAAAUUUCAAUUA